AGAAAUGGACGAAUCAUAAUCGAAGAAUAGGAGAAUAAUCGACUAUGAUUCGUCAAUUUUUUACGGUUACAUGGGGAGGAAAAGAGGAAAUCGUGCAAGAAAUUUUAAGAGCUAAAAAGAAUAGGCCUGUAUAUUUGGAGUUUGGUGAAAGCGAGAGAGAAAAUUUUAGUGCAGCUAAAAAGAACAAACCCGUUAUAUUUCAGUGGAUUGUCCCCCCUGGUUGCGUGCGAUUACAGUUUGUCAGCUUGUCAGCACUUGUCAUUAGGAACGCAGAUACGCAUUGCUCGUUUUCGUCGAUCGACCCCGAUCGACCGCGGUCGAUCGUCGUCACUGCCGCCGCUCCGCACUGCAACAGGAGUUCGCUCGCCCGCGGCGGUCAAUUGAUGUCAAUCCACGGGGAAGAUCGCCGCAGGACGAUCGACGUCGCCAAUGGCUCGCUCCGCGACGGUCUCCCCGUCCCGGUGUCGCGUUCCCCCUUGAAAUGAUCCACGACGGAGCCCCGGAGAAGGACCCGACUCGAGAUCGUCCGAGACGAUGGCCUCGGCUUCAGUCGCCGAUCCGGCGAGGAUUCUCGCGCUGAUCGAACAGCUGUGCGAUCUGCCGUACACAGAGGUGCAGCUGCGGCUGAACAGAUAUAUACAGGAUGCGACAAAUGCAAGACUAGUCUUCCUCAUAUCAGUACUGGUAGAAUCCGAGGAGAUGGUUAUACAUGUGAUAGGUGAAGAAAUUUUGGAUAGAGAAUUGAGAUUUCUUAUACCAAACAAUGUUUUACAUGAGGCUGUGAUAAAUAAAACAUCAUUAGCUUUGACUGUUGCGCAACUUGACAAAGAAUUAUUAAAAUAUAUUAAUAGAAUAAUGGACACGACACCUCAGUUCCUCUUAACGAUCCCAAUACAGCAUCCUUUCAAGCAUCAUACAGCUUUGCUUGUGUGCCUGGUAGAUUAUGUGGAUGGAGAUGAAGCUAGGCAUGCUUGUACAGAGACAGUUCAAGAAUGUUUUAGGUUUUGCCUUGGAUAUUUGCUUAGUUCAUUACGUUGCUAUGAAGAAACACGUGUGAAACAGCAGUGUCAAGAUCUAUUAGCUGUCUCUAGGAAGCUUUUCACACAUUUAGGAGACUUUCCUGAUCUUUUGCGUGAGAUUAUGGCAGAAGUCAGAAAAUUAACAAAUGCAGAGAGAUGUUCAUUAUUUCUUUUGGAUCCUGAUGAACAAGAUUUGGUUGCCAAAGUAUUUGAUGGCAUUUCUACAGGAGAAACUAUGAGCGAAAUGAGAAUACCUAUUGGACAAGGUAUAGCUGGUCAUGUUGCAACUACUGGUAAAUUACUCAAUAUUCGAGAUGCUUAUAAUCAUCCUCUUUUUUAUCGUGGAAUUGACGAAGUAACAGGAUUUAAGACUAGAAAUAUUUUGUGCUUUCCAAUACGGGAUGAAAAGGGCAUUGUCGGAGUGGCUCAAUUAUGUAAUAAGAUAAACGGUUUAUAUUUCGAUGCCUUUGAUGAACAAAUUGCGACAGCAUUUAGUAUCUAUUGUGGUAUAUCAAUAAUGCAUAGUAUUGUUUAUAAAAAAAUGCAGGAUGCUCAAGCUCGAAAUAAACUUAGCAAUGAAAUAAUGAUGUAUCACAUGAAGGUGGAAGAAUCCGCUGUUCAAGCGUUGUUAAAUUGUAGAGAUGAUCAUAAUAUUAAGGAUUUUAACAAAUUCCACUUCAGUCCAAGAAAUGUACCUUAUAAACAUAUACCUUGCUAUACUAUUAAAAUGUUCACAGAUUUGAAUUUCUUAAAGCAUUGGAGAAUUAAAAUCUCAACACUCGCGAGGUUUAUAUUAUAUGUUAAAAAAGGUUAUCGAGAUGCACCUUAUCAUAAUUGGACACAUGCAUUUUCUGUGGCACACUUCGCUUAUCUGCUGAUAAAGAACAUGCAGCUUAUUGAGGAAAAUUACAUGUCACCUUUACAGGCUGUGGUGUUUCUUGUAUCAUGUUUAUGUCAUGAUAUAGAUCAUAGGGGAACUAACAAUUCGUUUCAAAUGAAGUGCGGCACCGUAUUAGCAAAUCUUUAUAGUUCAGAAGGAUCUGUUAUGGAGAGACAUCAUCUUGCACAAACGAUGUGCAUAUUAAAUACUGAAGGUUGCAAUAUAUUUGAAAGCUUUGAUAGCAAUGAAUAUAGCGAAGCUUUGGAUUUACUACGAAGCAAUAUACUUGCGACUGAUUUAGCUUCUCAUUUUCGUAUUAUAAAAAAUCAGGAAGAAAUGAUUCGUAAUGGAUAUAACAAAGAUGAUCCGAAACAACAGAAGCUGCUAUUUGAAAUGCUUAUGACUUGUUGCGAUUUGAGUGAUCAAACCAAAGAUUGGAAACUUUCAAAGAAAACAGCGGAGCAAAUAUUCGAUGAAUUUUUUUCGCAAGGUGACUUAGAAAAAAGUAUGGGCAACGCGCCUGUUGAAAUGAUGGACAGGGAACGUGCGUCCAUUCCCGAUCUUCAAAUAGAAUUUAUUACUAACUUGGUUAUUCCUGUCUUUACUAAUCUGUCAUUAUUAUUCCCGUUGGCGCAACCUCUAGUUCAUAUGUUGCAACAGAAUUGUUCACUGUGGGAAGUGGCCAAGACCAUAUUUCAAAAAUAUUCGACGAACGGAACGAAAGGAAUAGACAUUUUACUUGAUCCCAAUUUUGAAGAUGAAGUGCUUAAGACAUUUGCUCAAAAACGUCAAUGUUCUAUAGGAAAUCUUGACGAGUGCAGAGAAAGCGGAGAAUAAUUUAAAAUAGAUUUAAAAGAAAACAUCAAAAUUUUAAUAUCAUUAAAUUUGGAAUCUGCACGUAAAAUUUCUGAUAUUGCAACAAUGUUCCAUUCAUAAUAUUGUGAUAGAUCUUUUACAAAUUGCAUUUUAUUAUAAAAAAGUCGAGAAAUUUCACAGAUUGAUCUACUUUUCUGAGAAUAUAUUUAAAUUUAAGUAAUGAAGAAUCAAAAUGUGAUUUUAAAAAAGCAAUGAGCUUGUUAUACUUAAUCAAAGAUAGAUGUAGAUAAUUCGCGUAAAUAAUCAAAGGAAAGAUCAGGUAAUCAUUAGAUGUAUAUUAUGCACUGCCAAUUUAAAUGAUCUGUGUUGCACAUAACCUAAUAUUGAUAAUUGUAUAUGAUAAAUUUCAAAAGUUAAUUCCAUAAUUUAUAGUUUAUUAAUAUAUGGAUAUAUAAGAAGUUAUAUUAUAUCCGUGUCUCGCGUAUACAUUGUUAUUAAUUAUAACUUAUCACACACACACACACACACACACAC